GUAGGAAGGAGUGCUCAGGGUAUCCUGUUAUAUUCACUGUGAUGUGUUGAGCGGCCUUUCUGUAGGUCUGCUGGCUGCAUUUGCUUUCAUGCUUUAGAUGAGUUUAUUUAGCUAAGUCCUUACUCUGAUUUAGCUGAAUAAGCUUUAUGUGUUUUUAUGGAAUGAAACUGCCAUCGAGUGAUUGCUGGAGUACUGAUGUUCUUCUGUGCCUUAAAUCUUGAUGUCAGAAAAGAAGUUAGUAGGAUUUGUUUUACAGAAUGGAUGAACAGAGUUUCUCUUGAAAAUUCAAGUAAGUAUUUAGAGGCAAAUGCCUUAGUCACUUUUUCUUAUAAGGGUUGAGAGAAGGAGAUUCAGACAUGGAAUGGGAAAGGUAAUGUAAAUAGAACUUCUCUACCAGAUGUGUCCCUGCUGAUGGUGUUUUGCAAUACUGUUAUUGCGUAUUUUUUCAGAAGUAGAAUUGCAUACCAGAAGUGGUGGUUUAAGCCAUCUUUUCUGUGUUGCUUUUUUUAAUUGCCUGUUGCUUAUUAUUUAUAUUGAUGAAAAUUUAUGCAAUAUUACUUGGAAGGAGGUAGAGGAGUCAGGACAGAAGAUGGUUUACUCUCCCAUUUCCAUCUAGCUGCAUUGGCAUGAUGAGGUAGAGAUUUGAGUGGGUUUUGCAGUUAUUCAGGCUGUACCUGGCUGUCAUGGGGAAUAAACAUUUGAAAUGGACUUCUUGUGCUGGCUUUGUCUCUAAGUCCUAAAUGAGUAGUAGAUACAGUCCAAAUAUUCACGUUCAUGGUACCUGAGUUUCUUUAGGGAUAAAUCUGCUUCUGAGAGUCUUGUGCUCAGACUUGUCUCUCAAUAUAUUGGGAUUUGAACAGUCUGCCAUGAUAUCCAAGAGGCUGUUUCUGUGUAAUGUUAUGGAAAGCUUGCUGUUAAAAUACCUUAAUGUAAAUAAAAUUGUCUAAUGAUGUAUGUUAUGGUAGUACCUGAUGUUAGUAAUAUAACUCUAAUAAAACACCUUAAAGAAAUGGUUCCCUGAGUUAGACUUGGUGUGGUAGAUAUCAAAAUUUAUUAAUUAAAUAUAUAGACAGCAGAAAAAGGGCAAGGGUUUGUCUACCCACUCUUCAAACUUGGCCUUAUAAGCUUGCUGCUUCUAGUUUUGUGUUUGUGGCAUGUGAUUUUUAGUUUCAGUACCAAAGUGGAGAACUUCUCCAAAUCUUACUUGAGAUUAACUUAUUUUCUGAAUGCAUUGUGGAAGUUAUGGUCUUAUCACUUACAUGCUGCAGGAACAGCUGUGCCUGGACUUGAGCCACAUCUUUGGAGAAAGAUGUGCUGAAUGGUGAGAUAGUUUUUGAUAGUUCAUGGAACAAGUGGGGUGAAAAUGUACUUGUUUACCUACAGAAGCAGUUAAGGUUCCUUGUACCACUGUUCCAGGUGAUCUUGUGGGAAGUGUGUGCAAAGUGGUGAGGAAUAGGAGGAGAAGGUGGUCCCUUACAUCUCUGGUCUAGUGAAGAGUGUUUCUCUUUAAUAGAGAAAGGAAGAUGGAUGCAGAAGAGUCAGUAUUGUGGCCAUCUGUCUUGGCAGAGGAGAAAACUAUUAAUGGAGUAUUUCGAUUUCUGAAGUUCCUUUGAGCAUAUGCAUAUGUAGACAUUGCACUGAAAUGGGCAAUAUAUUGCAGCAAUGGUAGCAUAUGAACUUUGUUUCCAUUUUAUUUUUGUAAUGAAGUCUUUGUUUCAGUGCCAUCCAUUUUGUUUGUCCUCUUGAAAUGCUGGAAAAUUAAUGCCAUGGCCUCUGUUUUUAUUAUCCAUUAGCAUUAAGUUUCAUAUGCAUCAACCCAGCCCAGUUUGAAAGUGGAGCAAGAUCUUGGGAUUUAUUUAAAUUUUCUGUAUCUGCUGUUCAUCUCCAGUCUUGAUCCCGCAAGCAUAACUAGAGACGGCAACUCCAAACUAACAUGGCAGUCAGACUGUGUGAUGUGGCUUCUCUGCUUAGAAGUGGUUCGUGGGCAGCAGAGCCUUGGACUGGGCAGGUAAUUGCUGCCAUGGAAACACAACUGUCUAAUGGACCAACUUGUAAUAACACAGCCCAUAGUUCAGCCACCAUAAACAAUUGCUCAUCACCAGUUGAUUCUGGGAACACAGAAGACAGCAAGACCAAUUUAAUAGUCAACUACCUUCCACAAAACAUGACACAAGAGGAACUGAAGAGUCUUUUUGGCAGCAUUGGGGAGAUAGAAUCUUGCAAGCUUGUCAGGGACAAAAUAACAGGACAGAGCUUGGGUUAUGGUUUUGUGAACUACGUUGACCCCAAGGAUGCUGAAAAAGCUAUCAAUACCCUGAAUGGAUUGAGACUUCAAACUAAGACUAUAAAGGUUUCUUAUGCACGCCCAAGUUCAGCUUCUAUCAGAGAUGCAAAUUUGUAUGUUAGUGGACUUCCAAAAACAAUGACCCAGAAAGAACUGGAACAGCUCUUUUCCCAAUAUGGACGUAUUAUUACUUCUCGUAUUCUGGUUGACCAAGUCACUGGGUUGUCACGGGGCGUGGGGUUUAUCCGGUUUGACAAGCGAAUUGAAGCCGAAGAAGCUAUCAAGGGCUUGAAUGGCCAGAAACCUCCAGGUGCCACAGAGCCUAUCACUGUAAAGUUUGCUAACAAUCCAAGCCAAAAAACCAAUCAGGCCAUUCUUUCCCAGCUGUACCAUUCUCCAAACAGAAGGUAUCCCGCCCCUCUAGCUCAGCAGGCUCAACGUUUUAGGUUGGACAAUCUGCUCAACAUAGCUUAUGGAGUAAAGAGUAGGUUUCCUCCAAUGACCAUUGAUGGAAUGACCAGUUUGGCCGGAAUUAAUAUCCCUGGACAUGCAGGAACUGGGUGGUGCAUUUUUGUGUACAACUUGGCCCCUGAUGCUGAUGAGAGUAUCCUCUGGCAAAUGUUUGGACCCUUUGGAGCAGUGACCAAUGUGAAGGUCAUCCGUGACUUUAACACCAACAAGUGCAAAGGUUUUGGAUUUGUGACUAUGACAAACUACGAUGAGGCAGCUAUGGCAAUAGCCAGCCUGAACGGAUACCGCCUUGGUGACAGAGUACUGCAGGUCUCCUUCAAAACAAACAAAACGCACAAAGCCUAACCAGUUAUUCUCAGUGCAUUAAUACAUGAAAACUAUACAACAAAGGCGAUUUACAGGAAGCUUUAUGCAUUAGUAAAUGCCUUUGUUGUAUACCAGUGUGGAAAUGGGGAUAAAAUGACUACUUAGCAUCCUAAGAAUAUGUGAGAUUUUUUUAUUGCUACUAUCUGAAUUAGAACUUCUUAACUAUCUUUUGUGUUUGAAUAUUGACAAGAGGUACAGGGUUUUUACCUGUCACAAUGCGUAUUCUAUUGCCUUCUUUGAAGAAGGCGGACCUUUUAAAAUGUUUCAGCUAAUGGAAGAAGUUUUUUUUCUUUAUACAUGACUGCCUUUAAUCUAUGAGUAAAUAUCGAGGCUUUGUGUAAUACUUUAUUUUUUUUGUCAUUUCUUGAUUUACUUUGUGUUUAAUUUACAUUGUAAUGCAAUAUUGUUUUGUUGUUCAAGAAAAGUAUCUGACGUUUACAUUUUAUUUAUAAUGUUAUAAGCAGUAUUUAUUUCAUCAUCUUCAUUUGGGUUGGGGAGCGGGAACACAUUAUAAAAGCUUAUUGUAAGAAUACUGGAGAACUUUUCGUAAAGCAGUACCUUGCCAAAGAGAUAAGAGCCUCUUUGAUGUGGGUUUAAAAAAGCAUCUAUUUUUAUAAAAAAAUAAAAAAUUUGGAGAAACUUUUUACUGGUCCUGGAACAAAUAUUUUGACUUGAAUACUUUGAGAAAUCUCUUCGUAUGACAACUAGUGAGCUUUUACAACUUACCAGGAAAUUUGCAAUUGUUGGGAAAAAAUUUAGAAAGAUUUGUGAUGUAGAACUACUUUUGAGACCUUUGUAUUAAGAAGUAAAGUCAAUGGGAUGCACUGUUGGUUUCAUUUUUUGUAAUCAUCAGUGGAGUCAUUGAUCAUCCUGGUUAUUAAGUGAUAGGUGGCUCACUUUAAUUUGUGAUUUUGAAGCAAAUGAAAAUUUAAAAAAAGAAUAUAAGAGCAAGCAGAAAACUUAAAACACUGAGAUAUGGGGGAAAAAAAAUCUGUUCUUCCUAAAGAAUUCCCUUCAGAUAGAGCUCAAGGUGUUUAGUGAUGUACUUGCUAUUGUUUGAAGAAUUGUUUUGUCUUAAGAAAAGACAUCAAGCAUGAUUUGUGCAGUAGCAAAUCAGCCAAAGUGGCCUGAGUUGGGUGCAUUAGGAGGUAUUUUGAAAGUUAUGUUCAAGGCUAACACCUGAGCUUUGUGUAAUGUAAAUAAGAACUUAAGUUAUGAACCUUUCAGCUAAUUUUGAUUAUAGUUUUUUUUAAAAGUUACAUGCCAAGUGAUGUUCAAUUUUGAAGGUUUUUGUAUAAGUUUUUUCUUUGUAAAUGGCAUUAACAUUGUUACUUGAGGUCUGCUUCUUUUCCUUUUUUUUUUUUUUUUUUUGGUCCUGAGGACUUGAAUUUACAGUGCAUCAGAUCUGUUGCUAUUUUUGUCUGUAGAUAGUCUAGCUUCAGCUGUUUAUGGUGAUGCAACAUUUUUGUUUAUAAAUAUGUUUGUGGUAAAAAAAAACAAGUAUAAACAUAUGUUUUGAGCAAAUUUCCUUACAUUUUUCAUAUGAAAACCAUAAAUACCUGUAUGCUAUUGAAGUUUAACUUUGUAUGAUGCUUAAAUCACUAUUUGGGGAAAUAGAAAAAGUCUUUACCAUGUAUUGAAGAAAUUUAAGGAAAACAAAUACAGAAUAUUUUCUGAUUAGCAUCUAGCUUAUAAUUAAAUUUUUAAAAAAAAAGCUGAGGGUUUGAUGCCUUCACCAGGAUGCACUGACAACUAUGUAGUUACGUCCUGCUUUUUGUAUAAACUGAGAUGCUCAUAUGCUUCCCCUUAGAAAAAGCAAUGUUCUAUGCAUAACAUAGUUGUACACUAUCUUUGCAGUUGUUUUUGGUUCUUAUUCUUUUCAAUUGUAGUUAUAAAAUUUUCAGUAUAGUACAGUACAUAUACUGUGAAGCGCGUGCUAAAGUGAUUAAGCAAGUUUUCAUGCUGACCCACUCAAUGCUAUUCAAAAAUCAAUUGGCUUCCUGAGUACUUCUUCAUUCUUAGGUGCAUUUAGAUUGUUAAAGCUAAUCCUCUGCAUUAAAAGUUGUAUAUAGUAUAGAAAUCACAAACUUUCUGAUGUGGGAGAAAUAGUAGCUACAUGCUUCUUUCCUAUACUACUGUAGCAACUAACGGCAUUGAUGAGAAGGCAUGUAAAUUGGGCUUCACUUUACGGUGUUUAUCAGAGCACUUAGUAAAAUAUAAGGCUGGUAUUUAUUUGAAGUUGUAUAGUAUGACUUAAUUCACAUUUGUUGGAAUAGAGAAUAUAUUCUGUUGGGUAUUUAAGAGGUUGUACAUGUUUUCUUUUGUGUUUGGAUUCUUUGUACUUUUUCAUGUUCAGUACAUCAAUAAACAAAGUUGAA